ACAAUGGGAGCCUUCCAGAUAGGCACCAUCUGAACUGAGGGUCCGGCAGCAGCUGCACGCAGGAUUGACGGACAGCAGAGAAAACAUCCGGAUAAAGACACAAGGAGGAACCUCCUGCUUCUGCCCGGAGAGGUCCAGAGAUGGGAGUGUUCAGCCGGCAGAAGUUUUUCCAGGAGCUCACUCAUGGCUGCCUGCUGCCUACAGCUCAGCAGGGCCUGGAGCAAGUAUGGCAGCUGCUGGUUAUCUGCCUGCUGUGUCGCCUGCUCUGGAUGUUAGGUCUCCCUUCCUUCGUGAAGCACCUGUGCACGGUGGCAGGAGGUUUCUACACGUUGUACCUGUUCUUCGAGCUCCACAUGAUCUGGGUCGUCCUUCUCAGCCUGCUGUGCUACCUCUUCCUCUUCCUGUGCCGCCAUUCGACCAUCCGAGGAACCUUUCUGUCUAUAACGGUUCUCAUCUACCUACUUCUCGGGGAGCUGCACAUGAUGGAUACCACCAACUGGCACAAAAUGAGAGGUUCACAGAUGGUGGUUGCCAUGAAAGCUAUCUCCUUGGCUUUUGAUCUGGACAGAGGUGUUGUGAGCAAUGUUCCCUCGCCCAUUGAGUUCAUGGGCUACAUCUACUUUGUGGGCACCGUCAUCUUUGGGCCCUGGAUCAGCUUCAACAGCUACAAAGAAGCUCUAGAAGGACGGAAGUUGAGUUUAGGAUGGAUUUUAAAAGUGUCUCUUAGCUGGGUGAAGAGCCAGAUCUGCCUUGUCGUUUCCAACUGUGUGGCUCCCUACCUCUUUCCCUACUUCAUCCCCGUCUAUGGAGACAAGCUCCUACGAAGCAAAAAGAGGAGGAAGAUCAGAGGCUCACUGGCAAAGUGGCUGCUGGCGUAUGAGAACACGAUGUCUUUCCACUUCAGCAAUUACUUUGUCGGUUAUCUGAGCGAAACUACUGCGACUCUCGCCGGGGCGGGCUUUACGGAGGAGAAGGAGAACCUCAAAUGGGAUCUGAGCGUGUCCAAGCCGCUCCAGGUGGAGUUUCCCCGCUCCAUGGUGGAGGUGGCGACGUCGUGGAACGUUCCCAUGUCCCGCUUCCUGCACACAUAUGUUUUCAAGAGUGCCGUCAAAUUUGGGACGUUCACUGCCAUCAUGGUGACGUACAUGGCCAGCGCGCUCUUACAUGGUCUAAGUUUCCAUCUGGGUGCAGUUCUGAUAUCUCUGGGGUUCAUUACGUACGUGGAGCACGUUUUUCGGAAGAGGCUUGCCGCCAUGUUUAAUGCGUGCGUACUUUCGAGGAAAUGUCAACCAAACUGCACUCACCAAAACAAAAAGAAGCUGUGGGUGUAUAUGAUUAACAUAGCAUUUUCUGCUUUGGCAAUACUUCACUUGACAUAUCUGGGCUCUGUGUUCAACUCCAGCGUGGACUACAUGGAGGAGGAUGAGGACGAGAUCACCCACCACACCAUUCAGAAGUGGUCUGAGCUGAGCUGGACGAGCCACUGGGCCACGUUUGGAUGCUGGAUUCUGUACCGCCUCACUCUCUAACAACUGGAGACCAAGAAGAGAGAAGCAAUAAUGAGAAGCAGGUUUUUCCACUUUUUUGUACUGUGACUUCAUCCUGCAUCAGACUUGCAGUUUUCAGGUUGUGCUGUAUGCGGGUCGGGGAAUGCUGUUCUAACUUUCUGGGGACUGGUUUUGAUAUCUGUGAAAAGAAAAAGACAGACCACACCGCCUUUUUCCCCCUCCCUUUUCUCUGUUUCGCAUUCCUUUUUAUCUGAGGCUCAGUCAUCAUGGCCUCCUGUUGUGGCAGCGUUUACCGCUGUCACUGACUCACAAUCAAUAACUAUCAGCAUGGCGGACACGUGACGACGCGCGCGAGGCAGAUGUCCCCCAGUGGCGACAGCCCACCAUGUCGGCUGUUUCCUGGUCAUGCAAAGCCUCGUAAAACUUUUCACGUUUAGUCUUUUUUAUAUCUCAUCCCAAGAUCAAGAAGGGCAAAAUUGUGAAGUGGAAGAAAAAACUUGGGAUGCAAGUUCAGCUGCAAGUCUUUCUGGCUUGCAUCAAAUUAAGUUUUUGGUCAUUCUUAUUUGCAAAAUAGCUCAGAGAGCAGCUUUAGAUUUGGACUUUAACUAGGACAUUCUAGCAUAUUUAUAUGAUUUAAUCCAAAGGUUCGUCCAGUCGUUUACUAUCUUAGAAAAUGCUUAAAUUUCGAUUUUGUUUUGGAAAAUGUUAGAUAUUCUGAUAUAUUAUCUAUUCUAAUUUAGUAAAGUAGGAAUAAAUGAAAUAAUAAUAAACUGAUUUUUAUUUUUGUUCAUUUGUGGUGCUUUUAUAUCCAAAGUUUGGUGGUGGGAAAGUUUAAAAACUUACCUGGAAAAUCCUUGAAAAGUAUUAGCUCUACAUAUUUUCCCAUUAAUUCUGACUGUGGGAUGGCUUCCUCAUCCCACAGCAUGCUACAGCCACCACUAUGUUUCAUAAUCCUCUUUACUCAUUAAUGUUUUACAACAAACCUCAACCAUCCACAGAACUGCAUUUAAAAUGACUAAAAAAACAACAAAAUAAACUUGUUUUUGGAUCUUUGUUAAAUAUUUCCCUCCACUUCAUAAUUAGAAUCUCAAUAAAAUACAUUUAAGCUUUUGGUAAUGUGACAAAUGUGAGACGUUUCAAGGUGCCGUACCGGUGACAUUUCCUCGUCUUUUUGUCCUCAACACAUUGAAUUAAACGUCCAGAAUCAAUAAUGCAGUUUCCUGUCUCUGUGAUUUUUUUUUUUUUUUUUGUAUUCUGUUUUGUUUUGUUUUUUUCUCCCAGCCAGCCUGCGUCGUGGCUGCUUGUUUGCGGUUCUGUCAGGGAGCCUAAUCAAAACCCACAGAAUUGAAUUUUUUAUGAACCCUGGUAGGCAGGUGGAGCAUGGCUAAAGGAGACAGCCGGAGACUCUGGCUGCUGUAACCAGUCGAUUGUGUGAAACUGCUUCCAAUUUAAAAUACAAGAGCCAGGAAAAAAAACAACGCACGUCUCUUUCUCCUCCUAGGAACCAACAAAGUCUUUAUUUACUGAAUUCAACAAGCACAUGUUGUUACUAGACUGCAUUUUUACCACCACUAACUAAUCCUCCUUUUGUGAUUUUUAGACAUAUUAACGGUUUUAGAUGAUUCAGAUUUUUUUACUAGUGUAGUGUCCUGAUGGUGUUUUUAUUUUGCUCUGACUUGAAUUAUGUCCUUAAACAUGUGAUUUUUAUUUUUUUUCCCUUCUUCUUUCUACAAUAUAACUUAAGAAUCAGGGUAUUUGAGAUGUAUUAACAAAAAUUCUCUUUCAGCUUUGUGUGAACUAAAAUAAAAUAAUUCAUUAUUCUAUACCAAGCAUUUCUCUUACCUCCAGGUUUUUACUUAAUAGUUGCGUUUACUGAUUUACCAUCUGAUGAACGGGAAUGAGUGUGUGCAUCAGAAAAUGAAGAUUUGGUGUUAGAUAUGAGCUUUUGUUGAUGUGCCAAGUUUCUGCUGUAGUGCCAUUCAGUAUAAUAACCACUGUAAAUACCUUAUAUUUGCUUUAUAUUCGUGUUUUGUCCCUAAAUAUGUAAAACGCAACGUCAUACCUGUGAUAUUUUUAUAAAAUUUUACAUGAAAAGUAAA